UUCAAAACAUGAAGGGGCGAAGACGUAAACAGUCCGUUGCUAACGUUAGAUGCUAACAUGACUGUUGUGGUGUGAUUUGUGAUAUUACCAAGUUAAGCCAGCUAUGUAAGCACCGAACUUUCUGUGGUUACAUUUAAUUUACAAAAUGGACUAAACUACUCGAUACCUUAACAGACUUAACAUGUUUGUAUUACGAGCUCAUUAGCUAGGGUUAGCUGCUCUCGCAAGUGCAGUAGGCCGCAGACCUCGUGUUUUCCAGCCGCUUUCACCCAGGUUAACCCCAAACAUAGACCUCAAACGAAGCCGCCACCCCAAAUCUUUGUCGUUUCUCCUGAAAUUUCCACUUAAAAAUUGUUUAACCAUGUCUGAUAAGGACUUCAGCUCAGACACCCCUGAUGACACUAAACUGGUCAGACCAAAGGUAGAGUUUCAGUCAUUACUACAACUUGCUGGUGCCACUAAAGACAUUUUCACCAUGAAGGAGGUGAUGUUUUAUCUCGGACAGUACAUUAUGCAGAAAAAGCUGUACGACCAGAAGCAGCAGCACAUUGUCCACUGUGCACAGGACGCACUUGGGCGAGUCCUGGGCGUUGAAAGUUUCUCAGUCAAAGAACCUCGUGCUUUGUUUGCUAUGCUCACCAAGAACCUGAUUGCUGUAAAGAGUCAAGACUCAUUAUCAACUGAUGGGCACAGCAGCAAUGAGGCCAACAAAACCACAGAGGGAGAGACAGAAAGUUGCACAUCGUCUCUAGACAGAAGCAGGCGGCGAAGGAGGAGAAGAAGGAGAAGACUCCUGAGCGGUGAUCCAGGUCCUUCUCAAAGCGCAGAGGCUGCAGAUGUGGAGGACGAGUCUGAGGAAGAGGAGGAGGGGAAAAAGAGGAGAAGAUCUGACAGCUACUCUUUAACGUUUGAUGAGAGCCUAUCGUGGUGUGUGAUUGGUGGAUUAGGAGGGGGACGGGACAGACAUAGUAGCCGCUCAUCAGAAUCUCAUAGCACUUCAGAGAGAUCAGAGGUCACAAUUCCAGCAUCAGAUUCUGACAGUGACAACUUCAGUGUUGAAUUUGAGGUUGAAUCCAUUGAUUCAGAUGACUAUGAUGAAGAUGAUGCUUCUCUAUCCGGAGAUGAUCAGGUUUACGAGGUUACAAUCAUUGAGGCUGAGGAAGAAGACUCCUUUGAUGAAGACACAGAAAUCAGUGAAGCUGACUACUGGAAAUGUGAAAAGUGUGAAGAGAUGAACCCACCUCUCCCAAGGCACUGUCAGCGCUGCUGGACCUUACGGCAGCACUGGCUGCCUGAAGUGACCGUUAAAUGUGAUUCUGGCCCCAAACUGCUCCCUCCAAAGCCAAAAGAAUCUGAGGCCAAAGAAAGUCCAGGUUUUGAUAAUGAGGAAAAUGAGGGGGUUGACGUUCCUGAUGGUAAAAGGGUAAAGAACCCUCCACCAUCUCAGUCUCUCGAUGACCGACUGUCUGUCCCAGAGUCCAGCUGCUCUGCUCCAACAUCCCAGGAGCUAUCCCCCUCACUGCCCUCCUCUUCAUCGUUCUCACAGGAGAAACUUUGGACCGACUCUCAGCCUUCAUCGUCAGACUCUCAAGAAACUCUUCCCUGCUCACCCCCAGUGACUUCUGGAGUCACUUCUGUGCCUGAGCUGGAGCGCAACGUGUCGGCAGAGUGGAGGCUGCCAGACUCCUGCCUGGACCCCUGUCUCAUCUGUCAGUCACGGCCGAAGAAUGGCUGUAUAGUCCACGGUCGAACAGGACACCUCAUGUCCUGUUAUGUUUGUGCAAGAAAACUGAAGAAGAGAAACAAGCUGUGUCCAGUGUGCAGGAUGCCUAUCCAGUCUGUCAUUCUGACUUACUUCAGCUAGUGGCCACAAAUAAUUUUGCACUAAAUCCAAUGCAACCAGCCUAGUUUUUUACCUCAGCUUUAGCAUUUGUAAAAUGGGACAUUUAAAUCUUCACAUUUUCUUAAAUAGUUGUUCAAAUAACAACUGAGACCAAUAUCUUUAGAUAGUAUUCUUUUUAAAAUUGACAAUUACAAAUUAUAUAUAUUUUUUUCAAACUGUGUAUUUAGCAUCAGUUCUGAAAAGUAUACAUCACAAUAUAUAAAAAUGUCUAACAUUGGCAAACUAAUUUAUCAGUUUCCUGGAAAGAAAUUAUGUAGGGAAAAAAUUUAAUUUUCACACUUUUUAGAAUAAUAUAAUUGCAAUUGGAUAUGACUGUACGUAAAUAUGUUUGCACUGGUGUAUACAUUAUUAUGUUAUUUAUUAAAUGCAAAAUAUGCCAAUUCUUUCCAGGAAAUCUGUAAGAAUGUGCUUUUACGGAUGUAAAGUGACUAUGCUAAAUAUUCUCAAUAUCCUAUUAUUUAUUUAAAGUUAUUUAAGAGGUUUGAGUAUAUUUAACAGUCAGUUUGAACAGUCUCCUUAUAUCAGAUUCUUUAUCUGAAAUAAAGUGUGUAUUGAAUAA